UUGUUGGCGACAAAUAACAUCAGUAUAUUUCCGUCUUUUAGUUAUGUGUUUUUGUUGUCAAAAAUCGUUUUGACAGCAUGAGUUUUGGGUCUUCCUUAAAGUUCAAUGUAGAAUCUCACAAUGGAAAACCAUCUAUACUGUGGCAACAAGAAAAACAACAAAAGAAGCCAAGAAAAUAUGGCUACAAAAGCAAAGAUCUUCGACACCCAGUAAGACAACCUGCAGAUGAAAACUUCCACAAUAAUAAAAAUGCAGAAGAGCAAAAUGAUGAGAAGAAAGAAGAGAAAAAAGAGAAGCGAAAAGAUUUCAUAAAAAGAAAUCGAGAAAAAUUCAACGAGAAUAAGAAACUUGGAUCAAACAGUAACCAGGCAGAGAAGGGAACUGUGACUUUAACUCAAGAUCAACUUAAUGCCAUAUUAGAAUCAGUGGGCAAAAUUGCUGCUGGCAAAGGGAAAGGUCUUCGAAUUAAUAUUGAUAAUGAAUCGAACGAACUCAAGAUUGAAAAGCCUGAUUCAAGUGUGGAAGUGUCAGAAAAUGUUGAUCCAAAUACAGCAGAGCUGACAAAAUCAGAUGAGAAACCUAAUGAAAUGGAAGAUAAAAACAAAACAGAAGGACCCAGUGAUAAAAAGGAAGGUGAUAACAAGAAAAUGGACAAGCAGGAUAAAGAAGUAGAUAAGACCGCAGCGGACUCUGAAUCUGAAAUAUCACUGCCUCCCCCAAUUCCAUGGGCUCAUCUGACUGUCGCAGAGAAAAAACGCCUCCAGUGGGCACGAGAGAGAGGUGAGACGUCUCAGCCCGCCUAUGAUCCAUGGGGUCGACCGGGUGCUGGAGCUCCACUGCGCACUGAGACCGGUCAGGUUUUUGCUGACUUGAGUAAAACACAAGGUAAAAAUACACUGGCCUCAGAGGAGCCUAAAACUACGUCCACAGUGGAUGUGUCUACUAAACAUGUAGACUCACAUAACGACCAGAGUCACCAGUCUGGUGGGGCGCAGAUGACUGAGAAUGAAAAGAUACCACCACCAGCUAUGCGAAGUUCAAUGGUUAUUGGCCAUGUUGCUCCUGAUGAAAAUAGAUACAAUACAUCAAAGGAUCAAGAAAAGAAAAAAUGGUUGGAGGAAUUAGAGAAGCAGAGAGAAGAACAGCGAAUGAGAAAAUUACUGAGCCGAGAAAGAUUGCGAGAUAGUUCAGAAAAUGACUGGGCUGAUCGUUUCAGUCAAAAGAAUGAGGUGCCAUCACAGGAAAUGAAGAAGGAAGACAAACGAGCACAUGUAGAUAAUGUACCUGGUGUUUCACAUCAUCAAGCUGUGGACUACGACCAGAAUCUACCUCCGGCCAUCCGGUCUUCUUUUCCUGUUGGGUCUGGAACACCAAAUGAUACCAAGAUUUUAGAAUUGAAAGCAGAAGAAAAAAGGAAAUAUCUUAAAGAUUUAGAAAGGCAGAUAGAGCAAAGGAAUCAACAGAAGAUGAAGGAACAGGAGCUAGAGAGGAUGGCUGAACACUGGGCCGAGAGGUCCAGUCACGGCCCUCCGGUUGUUGAUGUCUUCGAUGGCGAGGUCACAGGACGCACCAGUAGUGCCCCACAUCCAGCCACGAGUCUAGAAACUGAUGAGAUGUGCAAGCACCUGCGUGGCCAGCACAUUGUCCUGGAUCCAGUCACUCACAGAGAGUUGGAAGAGAAGAAGAGGAGGCAUCUUGAGUACCAGGAUGCUGUCCGACAUCAGAUAGAGGAAAAGCAGAAACAGAAACAUAUGGAAAGGGAACGUAAACGGCUGGAAGAAAUGGAGGAAGAGCUUAAACUGCAAAAACAACGAGAUGUCUUGCAGAAACAGUACGAAGAAGAACAAAACAAACUGAAAAAUAAAGAGGAGGAUCGACAACACAAGAUUGAUCAGUUGAAGUCUGCAAUGGAUGAGGCGAGAGAGAACGCCCAACGCGAGAAGGUGAUGCGGCGUCUGCAACGGCUGGAACAGGGAGGCCAUGACGUCAGCUACCUCAAGGCACAGUUGCAAACCAUGUCACCCAGAGGUGCGAACAUAGAAAGCACCAACAUUCCAGAACUGGACCUGACUGCCAGGACCAGUUACAACCAGUUGGUGACACACUUGCCCGAGAUCUCGACAAGAAAUACGGACAUAAUGUUCGGUCAGUACAACCACGAACCGUACAUUACAGAUCGAGUGCUGACCCCGUGUCGGUAUCGAGAGCCCAGCCAGCCGCAUUGUGAACCAGGUUCACCGCGCAGAGACUUUGGUACACAGACGUUGGAUGGAUUGGUUUUGUCUCAGAUUAACCUAGCCCGAGAACCGAGUGAUGUUCAAAUUGUCUACCGAAAGACAUAUGAGAGCCAAUUUCUCUACGAAGAGAACUUAGGAGGUCCAAUUAAAAGUGUAAAAAAGGAAGUAGAGAAAAGGGACGUGAAAAGGCUUAAAAACAGAGAGAAAUUAAAACCUGGUGAUGUAAAGUGGAACUAUCAGAAUAGGAAAAAUAAGAAAGUCAUUAAACAAUCUGAGAGAGACCCUUUCUAUGAAAUGAAACAAUCGGAGAGUGAAGUGCGUCGUGCGAAGCGGAAACAGAAACUCAUGGCACUUGUGGAAGCCAAUAAGGACGUAAUUCCCUCGGAGAAACACUCCAAGUCACGCGAUCCUUCGCCGGAGAAGAACGAACAGUUAACGAGAUCACGCAGGAUGGAUCAGUCACCAGAGAGGAAUGAACAGCUAGCGAGAUCACGCAGGAUGGAUCAGUCACAUUCUCCAGACAGGACAGCCAAUGUUGUGGCAAAGAAGUCUGAUAGAAAUCUUUCCUCUAAUCUGCAGAAUCCUGUGGAAAGUAGUUCUGAAGAAAGGUUGGAUUCCCGGCCCAGGAAAACACACAAGUCUCGUCCUACUGAAAGACGAGCAUCGCCCGUGCAGAACUCGGACCGGAAUCUACAUCAGCAGCAGCAGCAGCAGCAGAUGCCAGUAUCUCAUUCUCCUCCAGUUCCUGCAUUAAAACACAAAAUGAGCAGUGAUACAGUUCCAGGUAAGCAGGCAGAGAUUCUGAAAAUAGGCCACACCGAUACCUAUGACAAUGAUUAUAAUGUGGACAGUUUUAAUUACACUAACUAUGAACCCCUGGCUGGGGAUGAUCAGGACAUGGGUUCUGGUGGUAACUACACCGACCUCGGCCCCGACUAUCCCAUCUACAGGGGUGACUUCAUACCCUUCACCAGAACAGCGGAUAUUCUCGACCCAACCAAGGCUGCAGAUCCCAUUCCCCUCUCCAGAGAGACCACUCGUGUGAUGCAGGCCAGACAAGCGUACACCAAGAACCAAGCUCCUGGCAGUUUCGGCAGCAGGUUGGAUUAUGUGCAGGAUGAUCCUAGAAAGAGUCCAGUCAGAAAUACCAAUAAUCCACUUAUUAAUCCUGGUUUGUUGAAGGACCAUCCCACUGCGAGGCAGGAUUUGAUUCUGCAGCAGCUUUCAACCUUGAAACAAAGCCUGCGACAACGUCAGAGAGAACUUGAAACAUGCAUGUCUCCAAGUGACUUUGAUCAGUAGUGUUGAAAAACUGCUUGACUCACAAGAAAUUAUCACAAUUUCCACGAAACUUACUCAGAUGGACACCUCUGUAUUUUUAUACCUCUAGUGCUUAACUAACAUAUUAUACCAAUUGAAGUUAUUAAUAUUUAUCGGAAAAUAAUAUGUUUUGUUGGUGUUUUAUUGAAUGACGUAACAGUUUGUGAAGGAAAUUGAAUAUAUAGAAAUUACUACAUAUGUAUGGUAUUUCUACUUAAACUACUUAUUUGUACAAUAUUUAGGGUUUUGUUGUUAUAUUUUUUACUUUUUUCUAACCAUGGACUCUUUUUGCUUUAUUUUUUUGGCUCAUAAUUUCCGAUAAAUUAUAAAUAUCUAUUACAUUGGUAUUUAAUGACGUUGGUACUUAAUCAUCAUAACUUUAAUUGUAAUUGUAUUAUCACUGUGUGGAUUUUUUUAAACAAAUUUAUUGGGUGCUAUAAUAUUUUAUUUAAAAAACCCAUGGACAGCAGAGUUGGGGAAAUUACCUUUUUUGUUUGGUUAUUGAAAAGGCGUGUUCUGGUGCCACGUUUUUUGUAAUUCUACUAAUAGUUAAAACAUUGAUACCUCUCCAGUUAUGUUGUGAUUUUGCUUAGUAGUCAUUCGUCAUCAGUAUAAACAACAGAUGUGAUAAUAUAUUUAUUCAGCUGUUAUCAGAUAUGGUGAUACUUGGCUAUUUACCAAUUCAGGGCGGUAACACUUCUGCAUGCCUGAACCUUAAUUUAACAAAAGCAUGAAAAUAGUUUUAAAAUACAUGAAAUGAAAAGCACUUCUGUCAGUAAGCUUGGUUCACAUCAGACAAUAGCAGUAGUACAGGAAAACCUAUGCUUGGGCUUUGCUUUUGCUGGAUGAAAAUGAGAGGAUUUAAGAACAUCUUCCAGUAAACUUGUUUAUAUUAUUUGCUUAACGUUAACAAUAUUCAUCUGUCAUCAUUAUAAACAAAAAAUCUUUGUACUCAUGCGAGUGUUCGGACUCCCCAUCCCCACCCCCAGCUCUGCUGUAGCCAUGUUAUUUUAGACUUUGUCAUAAUUUUGGCAUUUUUAUUUCAUAUAUCAUGUGGGAUUCAUAUACCACAACCCAUUUUGGCAUAAAACUACAUAAAUUUCCACCCUGUGUGUAGAAUGUCCGUCAAAACUGUCUUUUACAUUGUUUUCUCUAAGCAUUGCAGAAGUAGCAUACAUUCGUCCCUCUCAUCAUUCCUUGGUUGCCCCAUUAGUAUUCAUGCCGAUUUGUGAUUUUAAUGGGGACGGGACAGCACAUUAUAUAAAUGUAAAAAGCCUGGAGUUAUAUUUAUUGCCUGAGGUAGAUGAAUCUUCUGAAAUUGUUUCUUAAAAAUGUGAAGCAACUGGAUGGUUCAUUAAAUACAGCUGAAGUAGAUGUAACGAGGGAAUUCUGACCUGUCAUCAGUUUGGUGAAAGCUGUAGAAAAAUACAGAGACAACAAUUUUCCUUAAACAAACUGGGAGAAAGAAGUACAUUGUCUGAAUCACAAUGUUGAUGGGUAGGCAUGGGUCUUACAUGAUAAUUUCAUUUCGGUUCUUGUUUAACUAGAUUGUAAAUUGAUCUUAUUUGAUAAUUUAUUAAUACAAGACUUAUUCCACUUUCUGUUUUGUAUAUAUUUUGAAACAUGUUUUCCAAGAUAACAUUUAGUCAGGCUCAUAUCAGGAGUGAUGUUGUGACUUCUAGAUUAUAGUGAGUACAAUUUGUAAUUAUAGUAACUGAAUUGUGUUUCAGUUGUAAAUAAUACAUGUAUGAACAUUGUCAUAGAUCAGUUCAGUGUUAAAAAUAUGUAGUUUGAACCAGAUCAAGAGUAAAUAGAUUGCUAGUUAAGAAGGUUUACUAUGCAGUAAAGUAUCUUAUGGUCCAAGUCUUGCAAUUUCUGUUGUCAGGUCAGAAAAGAUGAAUUGGCAUUGUAUUGUAAUCCAAGACUAUCUUGUUUUCUCCAAAAUUAAUUUAUGUCUUACAAAUAUUAUAUUUGAUUAACCUUGUUUUAAAGUCUAAUUUCAUAAACUUGAUCUAUCUUCAAAGUUGUUGAUGAUAUUGAUGUGAAGAGCAUGUCUGUGAUAAUACUAAUAUGAAAUGUUUAGCUAGCCUUUUACACUAGUUUAGUUACUUAUUGGUAGUGUGUAUAUUUUAUAUAACCUGCUGCUUAUUAGUUUCCACUGUUUUAUAGAAUACAGACACCCCCUUCCCCUGGAAAUGGACUCCUGAUAGAUAAAAUAAAAUUUAAAAAGAAGGAAUACUAUAUUCUCACAUAUUUUCUAAAAUUAAAAAAAAAAGGGGAAAAAAAGUUUCAUCUACUUAUUAAGGAAUGUUAUGAAAUUUCAAACUAGUUAAUUGAUGGAUUUAGUUUUGAGAAUUUAAUUUUUUUAUUUUGUAUGUAAAAUGUUGUUUUGGUUUUUUAAAAAUCCAAUUGAUAGUUUAGUUUUAAUGAUAAUUAAAAAAAAAAAAGAGUAUUAAUAAAAAAA